GUUCUGGGUGCGCCUCCGCCAAUCGCCUGGCGGCUUCUUGGGCCCUGGCUCCUCCCCGCGGCGUCGGCGAAGGACAAAGUCACCGCGCCGGGCCCGCGGUCAGCCUCUGCGCCCUGCCGCCGGCCGAGCAGCGGGCCGCGCGCCGCCAUCUUAGGAGGUCGCCAUGUUCUCGUCCAUCGCGCCGCUCGCCCGGCUCAACCCGUUCUACGCGCCGCACUUCCAGCUGGUGCAGGACGGCGUGAGGAAGCGCCCUGAGCCUGCCGAGGCGCCCAGCACGCGGCGGAGCUUGGCGGCCGCGUCUGCUGCCGAAGAAUACAGUUGUGAAUAUGGCUCGCUCAAGUUUUAUGCUCUCUGUGGCUUUGGUGGGGUCCUAAGUUGUGGCCUGACACACACUGCUGUCGUACCUCUGGAUUUAGUGAAAUGUCGUAUGCAGGUUGAUCCACAAAAAUACAAGAGCAUCUUCAAUGGAUUUUCAGUGACGGUCAAAGAAGAUGGAGUUCGUGGCUUGGCUAAGGGAUGGGCUCCAACCUUUAUUGGAUAUUCGAUGCAGGGGCUUUGUAAAUUUGGUUUCUAUGAAGUUUUCAAAAUCCUAUAUGGCAACAUGCUUGGAGAGGAAAAUGCAUAUUUGUGGCGUACUUCACUAUAUCUAGCUGCAUCAGCCAGUGCAGAGUUUUUUGCUGACAUUGCUCUGGCUCCAAUGGAGGCUGCUAAAGUUCGCAUUCAGACACAGCCUGGAUAUGCUAACACUCUGCGGCAAGCUGUACCUAAAAUGUUUGGAGAAGAAGGCAUCUGGGCUUUCUAUAAAGGUGUUGCUCCACUAUGGAUGAGACAGAUUCCAUACACAAUGAUGAAAUUUGCCUGCUUUGAACGUACUGUUGAAGCUCUCUACAAGUAUGUUGUUCCCAAGCCACGAAGUGAAUGUUCAAAAGGAGAACAGCUGGUAGUCACAUUUGUUGCAGGCUAUAUUGCUGGUGUGUUCUGUGCAAUUGUUUCUCAUCCUGCUGACUCUGUGGUGUCUGUGUUGAACAAGGAAAAGGGCAGUUCUGCCUCACAGGUUCUUAUGAGGCUUGGAUUCAAAGGUGUAUGGAAAGGCCUAUUUGCCCGUAUCAUCAUGAUCGGUACCCUGACUGCACUACAGUGGUUCAUCUAUGAUUCUGUGAAGGUUUAUUUCAGACUUCCUCGUCCACCUCCACCUGAAAUGCCAGAAUCUCUGAAGAAGAAGCUUGGUUUAACUCAGUAGACAACUCAUGGACUGACUUUGCUGGCUGUCCCAGUAAUGAGUUUCAUGAAACUUUUAUAUAUUUGACUAUGUAGAAAACAAACCCUAUAUGAUAUCAUUAUUGGCUGUGCCCUCAUCCCAUGUGAGGGUUUAAAUUCUACCACUGUCAUUGCCUGAAAUAAAUGAGAAACAGAGUGCUUAGUGUCUGUUUACUACUGCAUAUGUAAGCUUCAUUUCACAGCAGCAAAUGCCUCAAACACUUCCCAAGUAAAAUAAAAAUAGGCUUUUCUACACCUCAGGAAUUAGAGAAUUGUGAAAUAACUGCAACAAAGUAGGCUUUCGCUGUUUGCAGAGAAGUCCCAAGAACCUCUCCAUGUAGUAAUUCAGAAACUUACUGCAAUUCUGUGCUACCUUUUUGAGUCCUCUUUCACUUGCCUAUGUAAGCUGUUACUAUAAAGUAGCUGGACCCUGAGAUGAAUGAGAUGAGACUGCAGUCUGGUAGGGCAUCUGCAUUCUCCAUAUUGUUGAGUUGAGGGGAGCCUUACACAUAGAACUAUUUCUGCACUGAAGUGAUCAUCCCAACAUAACUUAUGCUUACUUGACUAAUUUCUGCCUCUCUUGUCUUUGAACUGCAUCCAAAGAUCUUAGUCCUAGUAGUGUGGAAUUAAAUGGUAGCUGCUACUUUAACAACAAUAAAGCUGAUGUUAAUGAAGAUUCUCAGAGAUAACCAACCACUGAAAGUUUACUUCAGCUUUAUAGUAAAAUAAAAACUGAUGCCUCUUAUUGUAGAGAUUCAACUUGCCAGCUUUUCCUUAAGUGGGGUACUUCUGUAACAUGAUUUUUUCCCUCUUUUUGGGGGGCUCAAUUAGCUUAAUACUGAGUUUUGAUUGAACUGUACAUUUCUGCAAUGCUAGAAGCCCGUACCAUUUUUUGAAUCUUAAUUGGUUUAAAGAAAUCUAGAUUGUAGGCAUUGCAAGCCAGCAAUGUUUUAUGAAGGCAAUUAAUUUUUUUUCCUGGUCUUUUGUGUAAAGCAAGUGGGCUGCCUUUUGAACUUUGCUUGUUCAAGAAACUUGAAAACAAAAUCCAAAAAAUGCCUAAUAGCAUAUAAAGGGUUCACCAUGUUCAGUACUAUAUUGUUCACUUAGUGGAGCUGGAACAUAGGUGUCCGUUGUGCAAAGCCAUUCAGAUACGUUGUCUUGCAGCAUUUGAGCUGAUGUUGAACUUGACUUGGCUUUACAGAAGUGUUACUGCUUCUACUUCCUUAGAGUCAAAGGGAGAAGUAAAGCAGGCUGUGUUGGAGUAGCAGACAUACCUUGACUGGUGCAUACAUCUUACUGGAGUCUGAUGCUCUGCUACCACGUUAUAUAGCAUUGAGAAUCCUGCCACUUGGGAUACCCUAUGACUUUCCAAGAUUUUGGGUAGUUAUGCUAAACAAGCAAACUACCACUUCACGUUUUCAAAGGCAGCAAUUUGAAGUAAAACCUAUUAAAACUACUCUACUUCCCUGCAACCAUGACACUAAACAUUCUUCAAGUAGCGUACAUUCUUCCAAGAACGUACAUUUCCAUACAUUAUUGGAAAUAUACAUUCUUGGUAACUGUUAUACUGCAAAGUCAGCUUCUGUAAGUAAAAUACUUUAUGAAGUACAUUGGUGUUGAAUUUCAGUGAUAAAUGUACAUUUAUGCUGUUGCCUUUGUUGUGAGCAGGAAGCUUUGAAGUUUAACAAAACAUGAAAUGCUCCUGAGAGCAUCCUUGGAGGAGAGCAUUAAAAGGAGAUUUUGUACAUUGUACAAGUUACUCGGUUACUCUGGGAAGGAGAAAAAAAAUCACUUCUGCACUGAAUAUCAUAGUUUGUUUAAAGGUAUGCUUUAACACACUGGACUUUGCUGAAAAAAAUUCAACUUCCUUUUAAUCUUGGGAAAGUGAGGCACUACUGUGAACUUUUAAGACUGGCAGAAGAGUGAGACAAACUUACUUUAUACAGCAAGGUAAACUAAAUGUCAAGUAAGCCAAUGAUAAGCUAAAUUUCUCAGACAGGACUGUUUCCUGUCAUACAGAGCAAAAUCAUGCUGUUUUUCUCUACAAAAAGUUCGAUAACCUGUGGACAGCUCUUCUCAUUUUCCUUUUUUUUUUUUUUUUUUUUUUUGACUAAGGCAAAGAGUUCCAGUGUUCUGUUCUAGUGGAAAACCCCAGGAGACAAUUGCCUUGCAGCUGCUAACUUUGUUGAUAUUCAGCCAUAGUUUAGAUGCUUGAGAUGGAAGGCUUUAACAUAUGAAAUGCUGUUGCACAAAGGGUCACCCACUGAAAUCUUUAUUCAGCUUCAGUGGGAAAGUGGUGGUAUUAAAAUUAUUUAAAGGUCAGCUUUGUUACUGAUAACUAUGCUUUAUAGCAUAACAUGUAGUAUGUUUUCUGAAAGUAGAGAAGAUGGGGUGGGAGAGCUACAGUCCUUUGAUGGGCUUAGUUUUCAAUGCAAGGAAAGUCCUGUAUCAAAAAGGAGCACUCCCCUGGAACAAAAUAUAACUUAGGUAACUCCAGAAUGGUCAUUAAACCCAAGAGUGCUUUGUAAAACAUGGAUUGUGUAUGUGCUACUUGUGUAUAUUGCUUUAUGAAGGAGAAAACAUUCUUGCUAUUGCUGGAGCUGAGAUCUGCUUUCUGGUUUAAAACAUACUGUCUCUAUAAAUGUGGAGUAAGAACUCCACUGGCACCCUGUGUUUGUAUUAGAGUGUACUACAGAUCAAAUAUGCUGAUACUUGCUGAAGUGCUUGUUACAUAUUUUAAAACAGCCUAUAAUAAUACAAAUGUAAUUCAUUUGCAUUUCUACAUGGAAAUGAUGUGUUUCACAGUGAAAACAAUAAACAUCUUGUGUUGUUGUUUUUAUAGCAAA